GCUCCAGGAAGCGGAAGCAGGAAUGUUGCUGCUGCUGCUUUCUUGAAAAGUUUGGAACUUUGACAGUUCGGAGUUUGGAGAGAAGAAGAGAAGACAUGUCGGUAUCUUACCUUCUGCUGAUGAUGCUGAUGUUGCAGUCGGACUGACUCACCGCAACAUGGAGACGGAGACUGGAGUUCCAGGAGUUCCAGGAGUUCCAGGAGUUCCAGGAGUUCCAGGAGUUCCAGGAGUUCCAGGAGUUCCAGGAGUGGAGAGCAGCGACGCUCCGGAUUCCUCGGCCCGGCCGGCCAGCAUCGCCGGGGUGAGGCGGCGGGCCUGGGCCCAGAGCCGCGACUCCAUCGGCCAGGGGUCCAGAGCAGAGCUGGGCGGCCCCCAGGGGCCCCAGGGGCCCCAGCAGAGCAACGGGGACCAGAGGGACGCCGAGGAGACAGGACCAGUUUCCAGCAAGAUCACCAGCUGGCUGAUUGAGUGCAGGACUCCACUGGGAGCUUCUCUGGACGAGCAGACCACGUCUCCCAGUAAAGGACUCCUGCGUCAGGGCUGCAGUUUUGAAGAUGACCUUUCUCUGGGAGCUGAAGCAAAUCAUCUGCAGUCCAGUAAAGCCCCGGAGUCCUGCUUCGGUCUCCCUGCGGAUCAGAAAAGGAGUCGCUACAAGGAACGAGGUCGGAGUAUGAACUCUACGGGAUCAGGGAAGAGCAGCACCGUGUCCAGCGUGUCGGAGCUGCUGGAUCUGUACGAGGAGGAUCCCGAGGAAAUCCUCCUGAAUCUGGGUUUUGGUCGAGAAGAGCCCGACCUGAACGCUAAGAUUCCUUCCAGGUUUUUCAACAACUCGUCGUCGGCGCGAGGCAUCGACAUCAAGGUUUACCUGGCGGCUCAGCUGCAGCGGAUGGAGCUGGAGAAUCCCAACUACGCCCUGACCAGUCGUUUCCGUCAGAUUGAAGUCUUGACGACGGUCGCUAACGAGUUCUUCCAGCUCUACAGUCAGGUGUCUGGGCAGCCCGUCCAGCGAAUCAGCUGCAAGGACAAAGGAGGUGACGGAGCAGCAGACGACGACCCGCCUCCUCUCAAGAGGAGCAACUCUGCUCUAAACGUGGCCAAACUGCUGAAGAAAAGCAUCAGCAAACACAACCUGCUGGGCUCGCCCGGCGACUCGCCCACCGGGCCGUCCAACGGGCCGCCGGCCGGGCCGGUCCCGACUAGCCCCGGUUCUGCCCCGGCUGCUCCGGUGCCGGACCGGUUCAGUUCUGAUCCGGAUCAGCAGCUGGACUCGCCCGGCCAGAAACCGGUCCGUAAGAAGGACAACUUCUCCCUAGCAACGGUUACCGAGGAAACCAGCACGGACGGAGACGAUCGGCCGGCAGACACCAGUCCUGAACAGAACGGCACAGAAGCCCAGCGUCCGGAGUCAGCUGACCUCCAGCCGACCAACCAGAGAGCAGAGGAGGCGGGGCCUCCAGAGGCCGCCGGGCCCGGGGAGGCCGCCGGGCCCCGGGAGGCCGCCAGAGAAGAGAACCUCAGCUCCACCCCAGAGAAACCUCCCUCCACCCUGGCGCCGCCCCAGCUGGCUCAGCUGCGUACCGAGAACACAAACUCGUUCGACAUGGAGGAGAUCCAGACUAACGAGGACGAGACUCUGCCGUCAGAAACAUCCAGAUCCACCGAUCUCUCCAGGACCGUCAGUCAGCAGUCGGACAGCAGUGGUUUUGCUGAGGAACCGUCCGUUGACUCCAGCAGCUACCUGAAGGUGCAGGAGAGCUGUGACAGCUGCGACAGCGAGACCACGGUGACAUCACACCCUUCACAGGACGUGGCCACGCCCCUCGCCCUGGACCAGCCGGCCUUCAUCCUGCCGGAGGGGGCGGGGCCUGCAGGGCCGGAAGGGGCGGGGCCUGCAGGGCCGGAGGGGGCGGGGCCUGAGGGGGCGGGGCCUGCAGGGCCCGAGGGGGCGGAGCCUGCAGGGCCCGAGGGGGCGGAGCCUGAGCCGGAGUGUGGGCGGGGUUUAGAGCAGCCCCGCCCCCCCCAGGAGGGCAGCAGGUCCAGCCUCGUCUCCCGGGUCAAAACCGUCUCUGAGCCAGAGGACCCGCCCGAGACCCCGGGGGGCCCAGACCUGGUCCAGGAUCCGGUCCCAGACCCGGUUCCAGAGGGGCUGGAGGACCCCGGGCUCCCCCCCGGGCCUCGGCCGGCCUCUCCGGGUCCGGCCUCCCCGGUCCACGGCGCCCUGAGCAGGGCCCGGCAGAGGCAGCUGAGCCGGACGGGCCCCCAGACCCCCCCAGACCGGCCCCCAGACCGGCCCCCGGACCGGGGACGAGCCCGGAGACGGGGGGCCGUCCGGCUCCAGCGGUCGGCCUCCCUGCCCUCGUCCCUGCUGCCCCCCAGGGUGGUGUCCUCGGUCCGGAUCCAGUUCGACCGCGGCCAGGCCUCCUGCACCCCCCCCAGGUACUCCUACAAGUACACCGCCGAGGCCGGGGAGGGGGCCGGGGACCGGGACCUGGACCUGGACCAGGACCAGGGCCAGGACCAGGUCCAGGACCAGGAGCCUGAGGGACGAAGAGGAAGCUGCCUGUCGACUCUGAUCAUCCAACCUGGGCCGACCAAUCAGCCGCCUGCUGGACCCGGCCCUGCUGGACCCGCCCCCACCAGACCCGCCCCCCCCAGACCCAGAACCGCCCCCCGGCCCCUGACCCGGGCGGCCCAGUCCCUGCAGGGCUCCAGCCCGCCCCCCGACUGGGGCGGCCCGGCCCCGGCCUGGAGCACCCAGAGCGUCCCGGACCUCUGCUCCGGCCAGUCCCGGUGGGGGGGCGGCGGUCCGGGGCGGUACCUGAACCCCAGCCCCCCCGCCGCCCCCCAGCCCUCAGACCCGGGCUCCAGUCCCGGUCUCAGCUCUGCGUCGGGCCAGUUCCCCGCCUUCCCCCCGACCCCCCAGUUCCCCCAGUUCCCCUACGGGGGCCCGGCCCUGCUCCACCACUACUCCAGCCUGGGCAGCCUCCACCAGCCCCCCCCGGGCCCCCGGCACCACCUCAGCCCGGGGGGUCACCUCCACCCUGGAACUCCCACAAUGCACCAGCAGGACUACGGCCACCCGCACCAGUCGCCCUACCCGUAUCACCACGGUUACCACGGUUACGGCCUGAGCCCGUACCUGCCCUUCCCUCACCCCCCCCCGGGCCCGGAGCACGGCCUCCUCCACCCCCCGACCCCCCCGGGCCUGUUCCCGGGCCCCGGGUCCGGCACCCUGACCCCGGGUCCGGGUCCCGGGCCCAGCCAGAACCCGUCCAGCACCGAGAUGCAGCUGAGGAGAGUCCUGCACGACAUCAGGGGAACCGUCCAGAGUCUGAACCAGAACCGAGUCGACGCUCCGGACAGGUUUGAGGACCAGGGAGGAGCUGCCUCCAGUCCCCAGUCUCUGGCAGAGUUCCAGCUGAAGAGGCGGAGCCUCAACAUGUUCCGUAGUCAGAUGAUGGAGCUGGAGCUGUCAAUCAUGCGGCAGCAGGCGCUGGUCUACCGGCACCUGAGUCCCGCCGACAGGAUGGAGGCGGAGCAUCUCCAGUCCCUCAGGUCGGCGGUGAGGGAGGAGCUGCAGGAGCUGGAGCAGCAGGUGGAGGACCGGCUGGUGGAGCUGACUCGCCUCCCCCGCCGCAGGGGUCUCCAUAGAGGCAGCAGUGUGGACAGUUGGUGUUCCUCAUCUGCACUGAGAAACAUUGACCCGAUGUCGGAGCUCAUCAGAGAGCAGCUCUUCCUCCAAUCAGAGCUGGGCUACGACCGCUCCGCCGCCCCGUCCACCGACCCCUCCAGCCGCUCCUCCAGCCCCGUCAGAGGAGGUGCAGCCGGCCAGCAGAAGCCAGGAGUGUACCGAGCCUCCAUCAGCAUCACGCCUGCCCCCCCCUCCCGACCCGACAUGCAAACGCAGGAGGAAGAGGAGAGGGGAGGAGUCUGUGAAGGAGAGGGAGGAGGAGAAGAAGCCCCGGAGGAGGAAGGAGCAGCAGUACGAUUCAAAGCAGAGAACUUCCAGCAGCUUAUUAGAGAGAUACGAGAGAGCGUCGCGCAGGAGGUCCGGCGGGAGAUCUACAACGAGCUGCUGGCCGCCGCGUCGCCGCGGGGAUCCCCGCUUCCCAGCAAGCACCAGCCUUUGUAGUCACGACGACGCGGGAGACGCAGCCCUUCGUUCUCCAGCGUCAGUAACCGACGCAGCCCUUCCUUCUCCAGCGUCAGUAACCGACGCAGCCCUUCCUUCUCCAGCGCCAGUAACCGACGCAGCCCUUCGUUCUCCAGCGCCAGUAACCGACGCAGCCCUUCCUUCUCCAGCGUCAGUAACCGACGCAGCCCUUCGUUCUCCAGCGCCAGUAACCGACGCAGCCCUUCCUUCUCCAGCGCCAGUAACCGCAGCCUGAAUGUCGCCGCUGUCUGAAACACUGUAGAUCUGAACACCACUGAGGAACUCUAACACUGGACGUCUCCAACACUGAUCACAAACCCAGACCUUCCGUUGGUUCCUGGACGGUUCCUGGACGGUUCCUGGACGGUUCCUGGACGGUUCCUGGACGGUUCCUGGACGGUUCCUGGACCCUCCCUGAGGUUCUGGUCAUGGGCCGGGCCGUACCAGCUCCCGCCACCGAUGACACUACCUGUACUACGAGUCAUGGCGGCAGCGCGGUUAUCGAACCCUGACCGUCCGGUUACAUCACCACUACUAAUCUCAGUCUGAGAUGUGAUAACAAAAACCAGCACCCGUUAAACGUAGCGUGUCUCAAACUGUGUCUGGUUAUGGCGAGAGAACGUGAAAAGAUCAAGUAAAAUCAAAACAAGUUGUGCCGUUAAUCUGCUGGUUUUUGUCCAAUCAAUGAUCUGGUUUGUCCAAUCAAUGAAUCAGUGGUUUUUCUUACUUUUUACUGUCAAAGUUUGAAGUCUCUUUGUGCCUGAAAUCCUCAAAUAUCAUUAACUUGAUUUGGUUUGUGCCGUUCACAACAAUGAAGGACUACGUUUGUGUGAGUUUGAACACGUUC